AACUUCAGAUGAGAGAUGUGAGGCGCUCUUUGUUUGCAAUUUCGGAAUUUCACAAUCAUUUGGAAGAUCAGCUGUUUUCAAGGAAAAAUAUCGAGUUCUUGCUGCGCUUAACAUUUAUUUGUUGAAUAAGCUACCCUUUAACACAAAGUAAAUAAUCAUGAUCAAGUUCAAUAGCAGUUUGGUAAGGAGUGUUCACACUAGCAGCAGAGUCGCUGCUACAUGCGGAACGAAGCGAUGUCCGGAGAUGAUUGACCGUUUUAUUCGAGUUGACCAUGCUGGUGAGCUUGGUGCUAAUCAGAUCUAUAAGGGACAGCUGGCCGUGCUGGGUCACACCAAGAUGGGCCGAACCAUCGAGCACAUGUGGGAGCAGGAAAAGGUCCACAAAGCCGAAUUCGAUCGACUGAUGUGCAAACAUCGGGCCCGCCCGACCGCUUUGCUUCCGCUGUGGAACGUGGCCGGAUUCGCGCUGGGUGCAGGCAGUGCUCUGCUCGGCGAGAAGGCGGCUAUGGCAUGUACGGUGGCCGUUGAAUCGGUAAUUGUUGAGCACUACAACGACCAGCUGCGUCAGCUGAUGGAGGAUCCAAAUUGCACGGAUCAGGAGCUGCUUGCGGUAAUCACCAAGUGCCGCGACGAGGAGCAGGAACAUCAUGACACUGGUAUGGACGAGGGUGCCGAACAGGCACCUUUAUACCAAGCGCUUACCAACGUGAUCAAGUUUGGCUGCCGGGCAGCGAUAAAAAUAGCCGAACGGGUGUGAAUAAAAUACAAAUAUUAGUAGUUAGAAGUGCUUACGUUCUUUGUGUUUAGUUUUGAUGUCGUUGGUUUAAUACUGAGAAACUAUAAAUUUUUGUUUAUUUAUCACAACAAAA